UGUCACAUAAAAUUAAAGUAGACGUAAAUAUAGAUGAAAUAUAAGUAGGUGGGGAAAUGAUACUUUGUUUGGCAGAUUAGUAAUUAUUGGAUGGUGAUUAAUUAAAUGAAGUAGAUGAUGUUUUAGAAAAUGAUGAAAUUAAAGUUUAAGAUUAAAUUAAAAGAAUAAAUGCACAUUAUAGUUAGAAAUAUGAUGGCGAAGAAAAAAGGGCAAUUUUAGAAAAAUAUGUCAAAAUAGAAAAAGAAGGUUUUUAAAUUAGUGCUGAUGGAAAGUUAAUGGAAGAACCAAAAUAGAAUGAUUUAUAAGCAAUAAAAAGUAAACUCAAUAAAAAUUAACAGAUUUCUUUAAAUUUUAUAGAUACUGUAGCAGGUGACUAUGAACCAAGUAUUCCAACUACAUUGAUAAAAAAGAGAUUUCGAUAACCUUAAUAAGCCAAUCCUUUUGCUGAAGAAAGAAUAUCAAAGAUAGAUAAAGCUUUAUUAGAGGAAGAUGACUAUGAACUAUGACAAAGAUCUAUAUUAAAUCAAUAAAGAUAGA